GAAGGAGGGGGGAGGAGCGCUCGCAGAUCUACCACUCGCCCGCGCUGGAUUGAGUACGUAUUUUCGAAAUUUCCACCGGAGCUCGGGAUCCCGCGACGCAUUCGCGGAUCUCUGGCUGGAUGCCCGAGCUAGAGGAUAUUAUGGAGGCGCCGGCCUCCGCAAGGUCGAGAUCGAGGGAUUCGUGCUAGGAAUCCGCCAAGGAUGGAGUCGCCACGGCCGAAAUCUCUUGGCGGCAGUGGCAGCAGGCGCAACAAGAGCUUUUCCACGCAUGGGAGAUUCUCGAGCAGGCUCACUCCCGAGUUUGAUCCCAGCACUUACAGCGCCGGCCAGAGCCUCGCCUCCAUUCUCAACAAUCCACACCACUCCGGCUCGGAUUCGUCGUGGAGCAGCUGGAUCUUCUCGGCCGAUCCUUCCUCUUCCAUCGACGCCGCGGCUCCCCCGGCAUCGAAAUCCCUCCUCCCAGAGGCAGAUUUCCGUGCGUACGUGGAAUCCAUCUCGGAGCCAUACAGCCGCUUCGUGGACGUCCAGGAGCAUUUCUUUCUCGAGGAGGAUGGGCCGAGCACUUCUUCUUCUUCCAGCGGGGAAAUGGGACUUAAAGGAGGAGAAGGGCUCGCGGCUUGCCUUCGAGAGAUCCCAAACAUGUUCUUCGACGAAGACUUUGCGCUGGAGAGGGGAUCGACGUUCCAGGCGGCCUGUCCCUUCUCGACCAUCCCACAGAAUAUAAUGCUCCAGGAGAGGCUGACGCAGUACCUGGACGUGGUGGAAGUUCAUCUUGUCAAGGAGAUCUCUGCCAGGUCCGAGUCGUUCUUCGAGGCCCAGAAGCAGCUCGAGGAUCUCAAUGAGAGGAUGCUGGAAGCCUGCCAGCAGAUGAAAGAGCUCAAAUCGACCGUGCGUUUGCUGGAGAACGAUCUCGUGGGCUCUGCCACCCAAGUUCACACACUCAGCCGGCAAAGGGAGAAUGUUCUAGCGCUGCACGACAAGCUGAAGCUCAUGACUUACGUCAACCAAGCGGUCUCUGCGCUACGAAUUCUUGUUGCUACUGCAGAUUGUGGCGGUGCCUUGGAUGUCAUAGACGAGCUGCAACAAUUGCUUGAAGGCGAUGAGCUUGCUGGAAUGCAUUGCUUCCGGCAUCUGGGAGAUCAACUGGCAGCAUCGACGGAUUCUGUAAACAACAUGCUAGCAGCUGAUUUUGUAAGAAUUGCCAUACAUAACUCCAAAGAUCUCAACUCUUCAGUGAUUAUCUCAUCUCUUAACAUGAAAGACAAGCUUUACAGCAUGUCUGUAGAGGUGCAAGUCAACGAAGAGGAGGAAACCAACCUUCGCGAGCUGCUUGUACCAUUUGUAAUCGGCCUAUUGAGAACAUCAAAGCUACCCGCCGUUUUGAAGGUUUACAAGGACACAUUAACCACAGAUGUCAAGUCUGCAAUCAAAACCGUAGUAGCUGAAUGCCUUCCAAUUCUUUUGAAUCGGUCUUCUGGUGAUUCUCCUGCAACAGAGAAGCAAACCGAAAUAGAUGUUUCCGGACUAAACCUUGCUGCAAAAUUGCGAAGUCUUUCUCCGGAUGCCUUCGUACAACUCCUUGUCGCAGUAUUCAAAAUCAUUCAGACGCGCUUGGUGAGAGCUGCCAAAAUUCGACAAUUAGUGGAGCAAAUUGUAAGCGGCCUACAAGGAACGUCUGCCGCCGAAGCUGUUGCCGCAGCAUUUGCUUCUGGUGCCGCUGCCGUCGCCGCUGCUGUCGCCGCUGCUGAAGCUGCAGAAGAAGUAGAACCGCAAGGAUCCUUGGCGCAAAUUGUUACAGAUAGCGAUCCUCUUAAUUUAAGAGGAAGAGGGGUUCAACUUUCAAGUAUAUCUAAGCAGUUCAGGGCGGAUGUGUUGCGCGAAAACACCGAAGCACUGUGGGCUGCAUGCGAUGCUGCCCAUGGUCGCUGGGUCAAGCUACUUGGUGUUCGGGCACCUGUUCAUCCAAAGCUACGGUUACAAGAGUUUGUAAGCAUUCACGACGUGACACAGGAAUUCAUCGCUGCUACUGAAAAGGUGGGAGGUCGGUUGGGAUACAGCAUUCGUGGCACCCUGCAGUCUCAGUCCAAGUCCUUUGUUGAUUCUCAGCACAUACUUCGGAUAACCAAGAUCACCGCGGUGUUAGAUCAAGAAACAUGGGUUGCAGUUGAUAUUCCUGACGAGUUUCAAGAAAUCGUCGACAAAGUUUUUAUUUUUGACGAUUCGCUUGAGAAUGGGGAAGCCGAGAGUCAUUCUGAGGCUAAUGGCGAGUGUCAACCAGUUGAAAAUGGAGGCAGUAUUGCGCCACAUGAUGAGAAGUUGGAGACGGACUCCAGCACAGUGACUACCGUGGAUAAGAAGCUCCGGGAAAAGUCUAUAAAGACAAUUCGAAUCGGGCAAAUAGGCUACCAUACGGUAAACAGUGGCUUGAUUCUUCUGAAAAUGAUUGCCGAGUAUGUGGAGUUGAGCAACGCCCUGCCGGCCUUAGCAGCGGAGGUGGUUCAUCGUGUUGCCGAAAUUUUGAAGGUCUUUAAUUCUCGCGCUUGCCAACUAGUACUAGGAGCUGGCGCUCUUCAGGUUUCGGGGUUGAAAUCCAUCACUGCCAAGCAUUUGGCACUGGCGAGCCAGACGAUCACUUUCUUCCACGUGCUCAUUCCUGAGAUGAAGAAAGUACUGUCUGUGUUUAUUCCGGACCCGAGAAAGGCCUUGUUGCUAAACGAGCUGGAUCGGAUUGCUCAGGAUUAUAAAGUCCACAGGGAAGAGAUCCACACAAAGCUCGUACAAAUCAUGAAAGAGAGGCUCCAGGUACAUCUAAGAAUUCUACCACAGGUCGUGGAAGGAUGGAACAAAGCCGCUCCCGACGACGCAGACGCACAGCCCAGCCAGUUUGCUCGGACUCUCACUAAGGAGGUGGGAGUCUUGCACAGGGUGCUGUCGCCGCUACUGCUCGAGGACGACCUUCGCUCCAUUUUCUCCCGGGUGGUGUUGAUAUUCCACACCCAACUCACGGAAACGUUCUCGAGCCUGGAAGUAUCGACUCCUCAAGGAGACCGAAGGCUAUACCGCGACGUGAGCCACAUUCUAGCUUGCAUCCGGGGGCUCCCAUCGGAUCCAAUCGACCCAGCACAAGGCAACGCAGGCAAAGAUUUAGACGCAUUUCUCGCUCAAAGAUUUGGCAACGAUGUGCCGCAGUGAAACAGAGAGUAAAAGAAAAAAAAACAAGCCGGCCAGCGAGACAGGCAAGAUUUUGUCAAUGUAAAAUCCCUUCUUUUUUUCCAUAAACGGCGGAUAUGGAAGGCA